AUGUCGCCCGUCAGAUCCAGCGUAUCCAGCAGCAUUGCCGAGACAAGCACGCUGAGAGGAUUCAGUGGUCCAGGCGACGAGAUCGUGUAUAUUGGGUAUCCUGCUGAGUCAUCAAACUUGGAUGCGUUCAGCGUCAACAUGCAGACCGGCAAAGUUCGUGCCAUUACAAAUCACCCUGAGUAUAUCGACCCUAUUGAUGGCUCUCCGGAUGGCAAAUGGUGGGCUAUUAUGGAUACCCGAGGUACAGAUCGACAGAUGUUCCUAUCCGGUAUGCGUAAUAUCCCACCUAUUACAGAUCUGGUCUCCGCCGCUAUAACCUCAUCUACACGCAAUAACGGUGCACGGCGGUUCUUUGUGCCUUACCUUCUCGACAACUAUGGCGACCGCGGGUCAUAUUACGGCCAAAAGAUCAACGGGCCGGGCUUUGAUGUGUUAGGCAGCGGGUCAUUAAAUGAUCCACAGUGGAACGGCCGGGCUGACCCUCGGUGGUCUCCCGAUUCGACUAAAGUCGUAUACUGGGAAGCCCAAACCGUCUCCCCUGCUUGCGGUGGCCCCAAUCCUCUACCUUGCUUUCAGUCUAAAGAACCCCAGGGUAAGGAUGUUAGAAUGGUCUUGGCCAAGUUCACUAGCCGGACACCUUCCAAAUUCAUCCCGGUCGCCCCCGUCAGGAGAUCGCCGCCGGAUCGGCCAGUACCACCGCCGGGCACGUAUAGGCUCGCCGCCAAAUCUUCAGGCUAUGCGUCAGUCACCCUCGCUGGAGCAGCGAAUUCCUCUGGUAUUAUUGGCGUAGCAGUCACUUACAAUGACUACUCGGACGACGGGGAGACGUUCCUCAACGGUUUUGAGAAUGUCACCACGAUACCGAUGGCAUCGACCGUUGCCCAUCUCGACUGGUUCUCCGAUUUGGUGCAGACUGGUCCUAACCUCUAUGCCACGAAAAAGUCUAGCCCCGAGGGCUUCGAAGUGGAGAUCGAUGUCUUAACAAACAUUUUCGAUUCGAAUGGAACUCUAACGACAACCAUUAAUGGCGCGGUCUAUGAGCAGCCUCUCAACGGGGCGUAA